AUGCCGGAGCGGAGUCCCAUGGCGAGUUCCUCGAGCUGGAGUCCCAGAGCUCGCUUCUCCGGCACCGCAGUGCUCGGCAUUGCGCUGCUCGUCCUCCUCGCCGGCUGCGCGGCCAAUGCCAGCGCGUACUACCCCGGCGGCGGCGGGGACAUGCGGUACCAGUUCCUGGCGCAGCAGAACGCGGCGCGCGCGUCGAUGGGCCUGCCGCCCCUGGUCUGGGACGAGCGCGUGGCGUCCUACGCGCGGUGGUACGCGCAGUCCCGGCGCGGGGAUUGCGCGCUGGUGCACUCGUCGGGGCCCUACGGCGAGAACCUCUUCUGGGGCAGCGGCACCGGGUGGGCGCCGGCGCAGGCCGUGGGCGCGUGGCUCUCGGAGCGGCCCCGCUACGACUACUGGAGCAACAGCUGCUACGGCGGCAUGUGCGGGCACUACACCCAGAUCAUGUGGCGGAGCACCCGCCGCGUCGGCUGCGCCGAGGUCACAUGCUACAACGGCAGGGGCACCUUCAUCACCUGCAACUAUGACCCGCCGGGCAACUACGUCGGCGUGCGCCCCUACUGA